AUCUGCUUCCUCAUGAAUUCCAAGCGCAUGCGAUUGAACGCGAGUGACGGAACAAAGCUGCCAUGGAGGAAGUUACUAUAUGUUAAGCAAGACUAUCCGGACAAUUAUGUUGAUGAUACUUUUCUUGAUGCUUUACAAAAAAAUGUCAAUGUGCGCUCCUACGACUAUUGGACAACAGUAUAUGAAUCAGGCGUCAUCGCACAGCAUAUUAGCAGCAUUGUCAUAUUUAUCGCCGUUUUCAUCAACUUGGAGCAACAAAAAUUAGCUACCAAUAGCUUGAUUAUAGCCGGGACAUUGAUGACUUCUUUGGGCUACAUCUUUUGGGAUUACAGUGUAGUGCAAACUGUUCCGUCAUAUGCAUCAAAAAGAAAUAAGACCGCCAAAGGAGCCUUGUUUUUUUUUGCUACUUUGCUGGGACUAUCACCGAUUUUGCGAACGCUCACCUUGAAGACAAGUGACGAUACCAUCUAUGCUUUGACCGCAUGUUUGUUUAUAGUCAAUAUGCUAUCGCAUGACUAUAGUGCCGGACCUAGGAACAUCAUCAAGUUUCCUGGAUCACUUUCGACCAAUGCAGCAAUAUUUGCCUCCGUUAUGCUAGCAUCGCGUUUGCAAACGAAUAUGGGUGUGUUUGGAUUGACGGCAUUUGCCGUAGAAUGGUUCGCCUUAUUUCCAAUUUUUCGAAGACAUCUACAGAACACAACACAGGCAGGGCACACAGCAUUAUCAAUCAUCAUGCUCGCAGCUUCAGUCACCUUGUUCAUUCACAUAUCUAAAGCUGUUGUGUUCAUUUAUAUCUUGGGAAUCACCUUUAUCACCUUUAUCUGUCCAGCAUGGCUCAUCAGAAUUCAGAAAUACAAAAAUGAAAUACAUGGCCCAUGGGACGAAGCGCAGCCCAAGCUUCAGCCCAGCAAAGAGAAAUAUUACAAGCAUCGAUAACUAACUAACGUUUUGUACAGAUUACACACCAUGUAUCAUAGCUCCUUGAAGAUUUAUUACAAUAUAGAUGACGUUAUACCCAUUAUUUGAUUCCAUGCAU